AUGGAGAGAGUCCAGCAGGUGCCCGAGGCUGAGACCGGGCGCCGGCGGGUGGCCGCACCGGGGGUGGCUCCGGCCGGGAACCCGGAAGCGCGGCUGGUCCUCGCGGCGGCCCCGGCAGCGACCAGGCCCCUCCGGCCAGCCGGCGACCCCGGGGCCGCGCACGGUGGAACGGGAAGCCCCUCCCGCUCGGGUCGCUCUCCGGCGACACGCCCGGCCCGGCCCGGCCGCCGGCCCCGCCGACCCCCGACGGUCCCCGGACGCGGCCGGGCGGGGGGAGGGUCCGCUAGGCGGCGCGGCUCCGGGGCUGCGGCCCUCGCGGCAUCCCCCACCCGAGCCGCAGGCGCGCUCGGGCAGCCGGUGACGGCCGGCGGGGCGGCGGCUACUGGCCGCGGCGCCCGCCGGGGGCCGCCGGGCCCCGACGCCGCGGGGCUGACCUCACAAUGGCCGCGCUCACCUGGGCCGCCCGCGCCAUCGCGCUCCGCGUCGCCGCCGCCGCCGCCGCCCGGGCCGAACGUCCCCGCCCCCGCUCCCGCCGCCCGAGCCCCCGCGCCGCGCCGCGCCGCACUCCGGGAAGGCGCACGGUCGGCCGCGCGGCUGCGCGACCUGCCGGAAAGCACCGCGCGCCGUCGCGACGCUGCCGUACGCCGCGGCAGGGAGUCGGGGCCGCGCGGCAUGGCGGCCCUGGGGCGCGCGCGCUGGCCUCCCCGCCCGCGCGUCGGCCGCGGCUUCUCGGCCGCCGCCCGCCGACCGGGCGCGGCCGAGCGCGGCGCCGAGCGUCGGGAGACGCCGCCGAGCCGGGUCUCCGGCUUCUGCCCGCCAAGGAAGUCCCGCCACGAUUGGAUAGGACCCCCGGAUAAAUACUCAAACCUUCGGCCUGUUCACUUCUACAUCCCUGAAAACGAAUCUCCGCUGGAACAAAAGCUGAGACAGCUGCGACAAGAAACACAAGAAUGGAACCAACAGUUCUGGACGAAGCAGAACCUGGCUUUCCGGAAGGAGAAGGAAGAAUUCAUCCACGCGCGGCUGAAGGCCAAAGGCCUGGCUCCGGGCUCUGGGUCAGGUCCCAAAGCUUCACUGAGCGCAGAAGAAAUGGCCGACUUCUAUAAGGAGUUUCUAAGUAAGAACUUCCAGAAGCACGUGCUUUAUAACAGAGACUGGUACCGGCGCAACCUGGCCAUUACCUUCUUCAUGGGCAAAGUGGCCCUGCAGAGGGCGUGGCGCUGGCUCCGCCCGAAGCCCGAGAAGACCCGCACCUAGGACCCGCACAUCUGGACACGGAUGCAGCGGGCUGGACCCGCACCUCUGAGCCCGGCUGGGUGCCAGGCCCUGGGGGUACAUCAUGGCCUCACGAGGGCCGAGGUGCUGGGCAGCGCCUCAGGCCAUGCGUGAGCCUCACAGAAAUAAAUGAAUCCAUGAA